AUGUCCUUCACUCGAAGUUAAACUAUUGAUGAGAAGAUACAAAGUCAGUCAAGCCCUAAGCCUAAUUUCAGUUUACUCCGUGACACAAACUAUUAAACCUCUGCCAAAGUUGGUCACAGAAGAAACCAAAUUAUUCGAAAAACCUCGACCUGAAGAACCGACACCGUCGUCCCCACUCUCUCUUCAUCUUCCUCUUCUCCACGACGACUUGUCGAAGACCCACACAUCAAAGCUUCUGAACCUCCAGCUGCCUCUCGAUGGCCGAUAAAGAACCAGAAGAAGGAACUAUGGCCACUCAUGCACCUCAAAUUGCCUCUCCGAUUCCUUCCGGCGAGCAUACUGUUUGGGCCGAUGUGUCGCCUCUUCUCGAAGCUGCCUGCGGAGAUCUUCAAGAUGGGGAACUUAUUCAUGGGGAUAAUUUCAAUCUUUUUUCCGCCAUGUCUGCUUUAGAGAUAAUGGAUCCAAAAAUGGAUUCGGGUAUGAUAUGUAAGUACUAUUCUGUUGACGAAGCUAUUGAGAAUGGUGCUGCUCCAAUUCCUCUGAGCUUUGAUAGAACGGUUGAUGUUCAGUGCACUAUUGAUAUCAUGGACCAUCUCCUAUCUUGUGAGGCAACAUGGCACAAGGGUCACUCAUUGGCACAGACUGUCUUCUCAUGCAUUUAUCUUUUGAGGCCUGAUAGAACAAGUUCACAUGCAUUAUUGCAUUCCUAUUGCAGUGUCAUUCGUGCAACUUGCAAGGCAGUUAUUGCAGUUGUUUCAGAUGCACGAACACAUGAAGAAGAGGAUCUUUUCAUAAUGGCAUAUGGUCUUCCUUUGAGUGGGGAUGGAGAUGACAAAUGCUUAUCAAUGCUAAAUGCUGUUGAAGAAACAAUUUGCCGCCAAUUGCGGGCUUGUAAAUCCCCAUUACUGAAAAAUAGAGCACCAGAAGAUCUAGAGCCGUUACAAAGUACUUUCGAUCUGGAAGAGCACUACUGUAGGGCUCUCUUAUGUCGACUGCGCUUCCGUAAGCAUUUUUACCAUGUCCUUGCAUGUAUGAGGCGGCCUCAGGGCAGGGGUUUAGAGUUGGCAAGAAAACAUAUAGCUUCCUGUUUGUUGGAGCUAGACUUGAUCCGCAAUUCAUCCACUUUUCUUAGCAAUAAUAGUUUUGGAAUUAGCAAAGAUGAUUUGGAGGAUAUGACAACUGCUUCAGGUCGUCAACCACUAGGAUUUGAUUCUAGUUUGAAUUGUAGAUUGUCUGCCCCUACUCCACCACGUGCAAUCAAACUACUAAGUUGGAAAAAGGCAUUAGAUUAUUUUGUGAAACUGCUUCAUGACCUUGAUAAUAUAUGUUCGUAUUCACUGGACCCAUUUCUGGAAGGUGUUUUCCGCUUUGUGGUUCAGUUCCAGAAAAGUCAUCCUGAUUUGGUUGCUCGAUCCCUCCUUCAGUUCCUUCUGGUUCAAGAUGGAAAGCUCUAUGGGAAGGAUCCUUUAUAUGCAGUGAUCACCAAAGCUGCAGGAUUGCCAGAAUCGGCCAAAAACCAUGAAAAUCAGAAGAACCAAUACAUUGUACAACUAGGACAGUUAGUGUUAAAUUUGCUCAAGGUACUUUGCACAAAUUCUGCAUGGCAAAGACGCAAGCUUGGCAAGAUAUUACAGGACUGGCGUGUAAUCUACAUGCAGAUGGAGAUGGCUUUCAAAAAGGAUUUCUCUGAAAUCUUGAGCAUAUCAAAUGGAGAGAAUGCAUGGAUGAAGAUUUUCCAACACAUCCUCAUUUGGGUAGAGGAGCAAACUUAUUGGAUUUCUUCGCGGUUCCUUGUCUUAGGUUUUGAAUUAGAGCUGUACUCCCCCGGCGAGUACUGCAUGGUAUAUUGGUACCUUUCUGUUGUUUUAAUCAAGCUCGUGGAGAAAAUACAUCUGAGAGCAUUGAUGAGCAAUGGAACUGGUAAACGAAAAGGAAAGAAAAAAGGAGCCUCAAAAGAUAUUGGGAAAGAUUUCCAAAUUCCACCUGCAGUGUCAUUUCUUCAGUGUCAAAUAUGUCUAGCUGAAGGGCUAGUAAUGAUGCUCGCUGCUUUGAGGAACGAACAUAUGAUUGCACAGAGUCCAAGCCCCUUCAAUAGCGAGUAUGAGAGAUUCUCUCAACAUUUUGAGCUUCUACAAAAGGCUUGCAUUCCCGACAACAUUACAUUCGAUUCAUACGAGCAAUCAACUUGCUUGGCUCGCAUUUCUGACCUGGUUACAUAUAAUUGCUUUAAGGAUGCCCAGAAGAUUGCAAAGGAAUUGAAGAGUAGCUUCUCAAACGACCCCGAAAAGCUUGUUGAACUCCGAAGGAUCGAGCAAGUCGCAGAGCACAACAGUGUUGCCUUGAACCUGAUCCACAAGGUAGGGGGCCUUGAUCCGUCGUUAAAGAUUUCAUUCGAGUUCAAUCACCACCCAUAUUUUGGUACUGCUCUAGUUAAAAGAUCUUGAAGCCUUUUCUCUAUUGGUCUGUCCCGUUUUCGCUCAUAAAGGUUACUUAGUCGGAGGUUUUGCAGCACAGAAUGUUUUAAAGGUAAUGAAGCCCAAGCCAUCCUCCUUUGGCACCUUGAGCGAAAUUUAUGUAUUCUUUAAUCAUUCCAUUUUCUUUAUCAUUUGUAAUUUUUACCCUUGUAAGGUAAUAAAACAUAUAGUUUCAAUUUUGAUUUCAA